UUUAAGUAUGGCGGCGCCCAUGUGAAAACAUGGACCAGAUUUUAGUCUGUCAAAUAGGAUGGUUUCGUUCUUAUUUAAUACAUAAUUUCGGAUACUCACCCGAAGAUUAAACAACAGUUAUAAUUGCGAUUACAUCUGUUGUACACGUAUACUGUGACAGUUGGCAGAUUAAAUAAGCCAUGUUAAAACGACCUAAGCCAGGUGAAAGUGAAGAUGAUUUGCUUAAGUUUCAGCAGGAAUUUCUUGCUCGUAAUGAAUCAGAUCCAUCAGCCAGCGUAAAGAGGGCAGACAAGAGAAAACCAAGCGGCGAUGAGAAGAUAGAUGUCGUCAAACUUGAUGAACUACCUCAAACUUUGCCACCUGGACCAGCACCAGUAAAAAAAUCCAAGUUCAGAAGAGCUCGGGAAGAACAACUUUCCAAAGAAGCUGCUGACAGGGCGAAAACAGACGAUGCUGAAGAAAGACUUGAAAAAGAUGACCGACAUAUGGCUCAGGUUUUGACACAAAUUAUAGAAAGGGACACGCGAAAUGCAGCUGUGUUUUUACCCAGACAGACAAGCCAGGCGUUUCCAUCAGCUCUCCACCGAGGCAACACACCGCAGUCCGCUGCCUCAGUUGCAGCAUCGUCCGGUAAGAAGAAGAGCUUGUUUGCGCAGCACCUAGCUACGUCGGGGGUGAAGGACUUUGGUGUGGUGCUUCAGCAGGAGCUUCAGAAGACGGGGGAGAUGCCACACAACCCCAACACCGACGUGGAGGAAAGGGGAGACGGUGAUUCAACAUCCAGGAUCGUGCAGGGCUCUGGUCUGAGUGCUACACUAGGAACAAGUGAAGCAAGAAAGAUCCACGAGGAGAACUUGGAUAAAAUCUCUACAAUGACACAGGAGGAGAUUGAUGAGGAGAGGAAGAAGCUGAUGGAGAUGAUGGAUCCAAAGUUGCUGGCAUUUCUGACUUCCAAGAAGAAGGUGAAGUCCGAGAUCAAGGAAAUGGAGACUGAAACAAAUUUGAGGGAAAAUGUUGCCAGUGGGAAGAAGAUUUCAAAGAAAAAAGGUCACAGUGACCCAGUUCUGCCGGUCCAGCCCGACCCUACAUGGGUGCACAUGGAGAAAGUGGAGUAUGACAAGCUGGAGUGGAUGAGAGACCUCCCUCCUCCCAAGACCGGGGAUGCCAAGAAUGGCCUGCCUGCAAGAUUUGAUUUCCAUGGCAACAUUCUUCCAGCUGAUUCUGAUUUGCCUGUCAAUCAAGGUCUUCAUCACCAUGGCAAUGAACCAGAGCGUGCCGGCUACACCCUGGAGGAGAUGUUCCAGCUGGCUCGGAGUUCCAACAUCCAGCAGAGGGCGCUGGCGCUGCAGGUGCUGGGCCGGGUCCUUCACAAGGCCAAGAGAGGAGCCUAUCGAGAUGUUGUCCAGACACCGAUCUUGCCGGCCGUGGUGGAGUCUGGCGUUGUCUUCCUGUUCCGCUGGGCUCUAGAUGAUGCUGUUGACACUGUCCUCGCUGCUGCUGUUGCUGCCAUGCAUGCCCUCAUCUGUAACCCAGCAGAUCAGGAAUGCCUGGAUAGAUCUUUCAGCUGGUUUCAAGGUCAUGUUAUGCCGGGUCAGUGUCCCGUUACCAUGGAGACGGAAAGACAGGAUGGGGAGGAGACUGUUGAUGAGACUGAUGCUGAAGUAGCCAAGAGAGACGUUGUUCUGGGCCUGGUGUCCCGAAUGGUGCUGCUCCAGCGACUGCGGCAUGUACUGGAGACUCGGAAACCACAGGCCGUGACUGUGCUACAGGUCCUGGAUAUGCUGACCAAGAUAGCCCAACACUCCCCUGGCCUGGCGUACGAGAUAGUUCAUUGUCCGAGAUUGCUUGACGUGGUGUUUCUAGAGUUCCUGCCCACAGCCUGGGAGCCUCAAGACUCAAAUGCCCAGCUGUCUCGUGUCUAUGGUCUCCCGCUGACUGCUGCUCUGAGACUGGUGGCGGCACUGUGCCAGGCUGGCCGGAACAUGGCGGCACACAUGAUUUCAAAAUACAAACUACAGGACAUAAUAAUGAGAUAUAUGGCAGUGAAAACAAGUGAUCUGCAGCUUCCAAGGGAGGAGGCCGAGAUGUUGCAGACCCACAGUUUCCGUGUGUGGAGGAUCUGUCUGUCCUAUGGCCUGGCAACACAGACAUAUCUGGACCUCUAUUCCACCCUGGUGGGCAACAUCCAAUCUGCCCUCAGCCCUGGACGUCCCAGUCAGCAGCAGAUGGAGGCGACCAUGUUGGCUUGCUGUGAGACGGUUGUCAAUGUCGCUGGUUCUGUUGAGGCAUCCACUGGUUUUGUCCGGAGCCAUGACAGCAGUGCAAUGGAGACGGAGCGAAGUGAGGAGGUUAUCUCCCCUGAUGUUAACUGGAGCCAUGUGGCUGGUCUGUUCCAGCCAAUCACAAGCUGUGUGCAGUGUGUAUUGGAAGACAUCAGAGACAAUUAUCAGUUUAAGAAAUGUGAUCUUCACUUUGGAACAUCUUGUGUCAACUUCCUUGCAACAUUCUACCAGCAGGUGCAGAAACAGGCUUCGUACAGUCCCGUCGAGUGUCUGCAGGAAGUGGAGGAGUUCUGCUGCAAGAGUCUUCUCCCUUGCUGGAAGUCUCUUGGUUUGAAAACAAUUCUCAGAGACUUAAGCCAGCACUCCAACCUCCUUUCCCCACCCGAAUCUGCCAGCCAGGAGGUAGCCCCAUGUCUGGUGGAGCUACUUGCUUCCCACCCUGACGAGGACUUCACUGUUCCGGUCCUCAGAUCCGACUCUCCGUACGGCUUCCUCACAGCCCUGCUCAGACUCCUACACAUUCUGUGUCAGCUACACAAGGGCAUCAUUGACAAGAUACUGGUAGAUGUGAUCCAGGAUGAGGACUUGAUGGGUUACAUGAAGAAGGUGUCUCGCAACAAACCAUCCUGCUUGGUGGACAACUAUUUCACACGACACGAGAACUACCUCCAAUACUACUUCCUGAAGCUGGCAGCACUCAAGCCUGGCCCUGGCAUGUCCGUCCUCCAUCGCUGUAGCCUUCACCUUCUCAGUCGACUGCCGGACGGGGACGAGUACCUGGCCUUUGACCUUCUCUCGACCACCAUCUUCAGUCCUGACUUCUUACCAGAUGGGAAGGAAGACGGACUGGCCUGUGAGGAUCUGGAAGAGAUGAAGCUUGGUGAAACGUCCCAGCUGAAGAGUGCAACACAAAGGGAGAUAACUGCCAGUCGCGGGCAACUCCUGCGUGAGGUGUACACCAGAUUGCCAGGCAUCCGAGCCACGUAUCUCACAGCCUUCUCCGCCAGUCAGCAGGCAGUCACCGCAUCAAAGAACCGCCUGGCCUACAACACAGCUCACACGGACUGCCUGAUGACCAGCAGCUCGGGGGGAGGUGUGCUGCCUCGCGACUGGAUGUACCUGCCCCUCAUCCAGCUCUAUGUGAAAGCUUCAGCUCCAGGCUCGUGGAUUCAGGACAGUGUGCCACCCCACCUGGUCAGCAUGGCCUCUGAUGUGCUGUACUGGGGAUAUGUGCUGGAGUGUUGGCGCCCCCACAUACUGGGCGUGGUCUCCACCACCCUCAAGGUCACCAGGGUCAUGUGUGCCUUCAUGGCUGGCAAUGACCUGUUCCUGGACAGGUGUGUGAGCAGCUACCUGGCCGCGCUGCUGCAGGAGUACACCAAGCCCGCAGCUCUUGACCGCCUCGACUUCACCGAGAAUAUACCCGGUCUCUCCUCCUUCUACGACUUAUUCAGUGAGCUGCUUCAGCAGUAUGAGUCGGUGUCGUUCGGGGACUCGCUGUUUGCCUGCUUCGUCCUGCUGCCACUGCAGAGGAGACACGGUGUUCAGAUGCGGAGGUUGGUGUGGGGGGAGAAGGCUGCGGUGCUGAGGACAUUCAUGGUGCCGCUGAAACAGGUUGUAAUACCGAUUGAGCGGUUCCUGGAACCUGAUGAGAGUGACCUCCCCUUGCUACACCUGUAUUUCCAGUGUCUGAUUUCACAGACUGUACGGCCGAUGUGGGCACCAAUCAUGUACCUGACCGCUGUCCACCACGUCAACCGAUUUCUCUACUACCAGGCUGACCGGCACCAUCAAGGAACUAGGGAUAAAUUGUGGCGCCAGUUAAUGGCAUGUAAACAGGAGGAAGUGAAACAUCAUGUCCUCUACUACAAGAUGGCAGAUGUAGAACAAGAAUAUGGCAUGACAUUCUACACACAGCUUCCAGCCAUCAGACAGAAUGUCGUGGAUGGACACACGCCGGAUGUCCAACACAGGGGACGUGACGCUACACUCACAACUUAGAGCGAUCAGUCAGACGGUACUUGACAGAUUUAUGCCGGACAUCUGGCACGGGUGAAGUGACGCUACACUCAUAAUUUAGAGCCAUCAGUCAGACUGUACUUGACAGAUUUAUGCCGGACAUCUCGCACGGGUGAAGUGACACUCCACUCACAACAUGGAGCCAUCAGACAGACGGUAGUUGACAGAUUUAUGCCAGACGUCCAACACAGGUGACGUGAUACUCCACUCGCACCUUGGCGCCAUCAGACAGAUUGUUGUUGAAAGUUAUAUGCCAGACAUCCUGUAUAGUUGUUUGAAUCAGUAAAUUUAUCAAAUUUACGAACCACAUCAUGUGCAUAUCUAUUUUGGUUAAAAUUGCACUCAAAGUUCAGAGGUUGAUUUUAAAGACUAGUUUAGGGAAAGGAUUGAUUGCAAUUUUGUUGCAUACAUCAAUUUUUUCAAGAUAAAUGAGUUUAAGAAAGAGAGAGAGGUCAUGAAAUGAGAGAGAAAGAGCAUUACAUUUGUAGGAACUGAUGAAAUGUCCAAGUGAAAGUGCGGACAUACCACGCUCUGUAAUUAGCUUCCAAAACAAGCCUUUGUUGUUGUUGUCUAAUAUGUAGACAUCUAUCCUCUAUCCGAUCUAUCUUAUGAUGCUUAGCAGCUAGGCGGCUACAUCAGGAAGCAGUCUGCCAUAACUAAAACAUCCCUCAAGAACAAAUGUAGAAUUUGUUAAUCCUACAAAAAAAAUAACAAUUCAUGUAUUGUUGAGUGUGUGAAACGGCCUUUGAACCUGACGUUGUGAACAAUUAAAAUAACAAUUAAUGUCUGAAAGUAGCGUUUUAUGAUGACAUCCUGUUUGGGUCCACAACCCACCUUCUGCCCUUGGUCCUAUUCUACACAAUGAAUGCCUGGAAGAUACUGAUAACUUCCAUGUUGUUACAUGCCUUUUCUGCAAUCCACCAUUGGAGACAAAUUUAUUUUUCUCUUUAAAUGCAAUGCCCUCAAAGAUGAAAGGUCAAUAUAAUUAGGUAAAUAUUAUUAUUCAUGGCCACAUUUAUGUAAAUAUUAACAACUUUCAUGUUCACAUUAAUAACU